ACAGAGAGAGAGAGAGAGAGAGAGAGAGACGGAAGGAGAGAAACAGGUGAGGUGUUAGAGUUCACUCAUAAAAGGUCUUUCUGAUGUCAUCAGGUAAGUCUCCAGGUGUGAGACAGGUAAUUGGCUUGACUCGGCUGUUUGUCCUGAACCCGUCUCACCUGAACCCGGAACACCCACUUGCUGCUGCUAUUCUGGUCAACUACCUGACUAAACAGACCGGCUCAGGAAAUACAUGGAUUCAAGACUGGAAGAAGAACAGGAAGACGCACCAAGGUCACCUCUGGCAGACAAAGACACUGAGAACAUCAGCACCACAACUACCACGGUUAAUACUACUGAUACUACCAGUACUGCUGCUAAUACAGCUUCUAGUAGGACUGUAACUACCAGAACGACUCAUGUUGCAACAUCUGAUAACGAAACAGAUGAAAAGGUUGAGAAGGAAACAGAUAAGGACGAGCCAGAAGAAGAAAACUCUGCUGGAGAUGAGAAGAGUGAGGAAACAAGCCUAUCUUCAUCUCUUCUCCAAAUUCAACUCCUGUCCAUUAACUUCAUUUCUUUUGUUUGUCUCCCAGCAGGUCACACGGGACACAACUGUGAUUCUCAGCCAAGAGCAGUUGAGGACAAGUUUGUCCUAGAAGAGGAAUCGUUGAUGUCAGCCACAGACAGACCAGCACCUCCCAGCAGUCUGCCCUUAUCAGGAUCAAGACCAACAAAGAAGAAAGUCCUGGUUGCCCCAGCACUCAGUCUAUCUUUAGGUCGCAGUGAGUCAACGGUUUCAGAUGACUUCCCCUCGGCCUUCCUCUCUCCUUCACCUGAGGAUGAUGAUGACACAGGACUGGACUUGGACCUAGAUGCCAUUGAAACACCCUCAGACAGUGAAUCACUGCCAUUUCCCAUCUACGACCUGGAAGAUGACCUACAGCGUCUUGGUAUGGCAUCUUGGUGUCGCAGAGGGCUCAGCUCCAGAAAUAGGUCAAUGACUGAUUCUUGUACUGGUUCUGGACUGGGAGUGGACCAAAGUGGGAUGGGAGCUCUGGACAGGGAAGAUAUGGUGGACAGUCAGGGCACCAGGUGGCGCUCUUUCUCCACAGGUGAUCCACCACAAGAGAGUAGAGUCAACAUGAGUGUCCUGGAACCAUUUCUCAGAGUCUUGUCACAUGGAGGUUACUAUGGAGAUGGUCUGAAUGACAUCAUUGUGUUUUCAUCUUGCUACCUGCCACAGAAUAGUUCGGAAAAUUACCAGUAUGUGAUGGAUAAUCUGUUUAGGUAUGUCGUUGGGACUCUAGAGUUGAUGGUUGCAGAAAAUUAUGUGAUCGUGUAUCUUUGUGCUGGAGGUCAGACAGACAAACUACCAGGAAUCAGCUGGCUUAAAGAGUGUUACACCACCAUCGACAGGAGGUUGAGGAAGAACCUGAAGGGUUUCUAUGUUGUUCAUCCUACCUGGUACAUCAAAGCCCUCAUCACCAUCAUCAAGCCCUUCAUCAGCUCUAAGUUCAGCAGGAAGCUCCAGUUUGUCAACAGCCUCCAGGAUCUUUCUCACUUCAUCCCCACUGAGCAUGUGCAGAUCCCAGACUGUGUCAAACAGUACGACCAGAGCCUGUCCAGGUGAACUCGAGGUGACUCUGAACCCUGAAUCUCUGCUCCAGUUUUUGACUUGUAGCUGAAACAGAUUGAACUUCAGUUUCUGGUUCAAAGGCACUUUGACAGCUAAUAUGUACAGAGUCGGUGAGAGUCAUAAGAGCCCACAGUUCUAACAUACAUUUUAUUAUCUUUGGCACACAACAUCAAAUAAAUGAUAAAUUGCACAAAAAAUUUCUCUGCCACAAGAUGGAUCUAAUAACAAAAAUCUCCCUCUGGAUUUUUGUCCACUGAGCAUCUUUAAAACUGAACAGACUUGAACAGAAUGUGUACAUAUCAGAUAUUACUUCUCAUCUGAAAAAUAAUGACAGCUUUCAUAUUGUGUUUGAGCACUUUUAAACAUAAAGAUUCAGAAGGAAAAAAGUGUGUUUUUUGCUUUUGGAAGUUUUCCUUUUUAUUGGUUUAAGUUAAUAAAAAGUUAAUAAAAUUCUUUGAAUUGGUGAAUAGACAGAGAGAAAACUAGAUAGAUAUGCUUUAUUGAUCCCAUAAGGGAAAUUGUUGUGUUCCAGCAGCAUCAACAGCAAUAGAAUAAAAAGUUAGUUAAGUUGCAAAGUAUUAAAAUAUAAAAACUCUGGUAGCUGGUGUCUGUGUGACACUAGAAUAUAAAAAUAAAAAUAAAACAGAACAAAAAAUUAAGAUAUGUAAAAUCAUGAAGACAUCAUAAUGCAGACAGUUCAACAAUGUGGAAGAUUUUGAAUCACAAUUCUUCAAGGUAAAGUUUUUGAAAACUGGUUAGGAUUUCUCAACACAUUUCCUGUCAGGUUGGGUGCUGAAUAAAAACAUGAGGAUCUUUUUGUGGUAAUUCAAGUAUUUCAGUGAAUGUUUGUUCAGCAUCCACUUUAUCUAUUUUUUUCCUUCAGGUUUGAUUAUUCUGAAAACAUGUCUUUCAUGUCAUCAUGAAAACUGUAACUUCAGUUCUCUGAGACUAAAACAGUUUUUAUUUUAAUGCUAAGUUAUGGAAACACAUUAAUGGUGAGGUGUUAGCUUCAAUUGCACAAGAUUUGGGGGCAGUUUCCACAGAAAAGUGAUCUUGUUGGAUCUUGUUGAAUUUUGCUGGAUCCAGUAAUCAUGAUGUUAUGCUGAUGCUGGCUGGAUUCUGUUGCCUUCUCACAGAAACAGGCAAGCUGCUUCACCAUUUUCUGUAUCAAUGGGUUGAGCUAACCAGUCGCUUCACAUGUUUCACAGCCCAGAAAAUAAAUCUGAGUGUGUGUUGAA